ACAAUCCAUCCUGUCGAAUGUGAUGAUAAAAUUAUGACAAACAUUAAGUUAAUAUAAAGAAUCUUCCUUGACGCUGGUAUAUAUAAGAGCAUUCCUGUGGGAAGUACUUUGCUAAGGGAAAGGAGUUUCGAGCUUAAUUUUGAUAAGAAAUCAUGGGAAGUGAUAAGACCUCGAGGAUUGCUAACCCUGGAAAAGCUACAAUUCUUGCUCUUGGAAAGGCUUUUCCUCACCAGCUGGUCAUGCAAGAGUUGUUGGUUGAUGGCUAUUUCAAGAACACCAACUGUGAUGAUCCAGAGCUUAAGCUCAAGCUCACUCGACUCUGCAAGACAACCACGGUAAAAACACGAUACGUGGUUAUGUCUGAGGAGAUCCUAAAGAAGUACCCUGAACUUGCUGCUGAAGGACUCCCAACGGUGAAACAACGAUUAGACAUAUGCAAUUCAGCUGUUACAGAAAUGGCAAUUGAAGCCUCACAAUCUUGCAUCAAGAAAUGGGGUAGGCCGGCUUCAGACAUAACUCACUUAGUAUACGUUUCCUCAAGUGAAGUCCGGUUACCUGGCGGCGAUCUUUACCUAGCAAAAGGGCUUGGGCUAAGGUCGGAGACUAACAGAACCAUGAUCUACUUCGCGGGCUGCUCAGGCGGGGUGGCAGGCCUUCGAGUUGCUAAAGACAUUGCUGAGAACAAUCCCGGGAGUCGAGUCCUGCUUGCUACCUCAGAAACUACCAUUAUAGGAUUCAAACCACCUAGUACACAAAGACCAUAUGACUUAGUCGGCGUCGCACUUUUCGGAGAUGGUGCAGGAGCCAUGAUAAUUGGCUCGACCCCUAUUCCAAAUCUCGAAAGGCCUCUUUUCGAACUCCAUACGGCGAUACAACACUUUGUGCCAAAUACUGAAAAGAUAAUCGAUGGAAGACUUACCGAAGAGGGUAUAAGUUUCAAGCUAGAAAGAGAACUUCCUCAGAUAAUUGAGGAUAAUAUUGAAGGAUUCUGUGAUAAGUUAAUGGGAUUUGCUAAUUACACUGAAAAAGAUUAUAACAAAAUAUUUUGGGCAGUUCAUCCUGGGGGCCCUGCAAUUCUUAACAGGCUGGAAAAGAAGUUAGAAUUGUUACCUGAAAAAUUGAAUGCAAGUAGAAGAGCACUGGCUGAUUAUGGAAAUGCAAGUAGUAAUACAAUCGUUUAUGUGUUGGAGUACAUGUUGGAGGAGGCUAAAAGGGAAGAAUCGGGCAUAAAUGAAUGGGGAUUGAUAUUGGCUUUUGGACCUGGGAUUACACUUGAGGGCAUUCUUACAAGGAAUCUUAACGUGUGAUCUGUGUGAAAAUGAUGUUGGAUACAAACAUCCUCAUACGAAGGAAAAAUAAACUACUAGAAAUAUGUUGUUUCCUGCAAAAGAAUAUUACAAUAUUUUACUCUGCAUAUGCUGGUUUACUGUUCUUUAAUCUGUCAGAACUGAAAAAGAAGUGCUAGUUGGGU